AUGGUUCGAAAAAGUUUGAGUGAUAGCAUAGAGGCGUCACACGAUGCCGUGAGGCAUGCCCAUGAUGCAUGGGAUCAGCUGGAGUCGUUGAACUCCAACAUGGCGUCCAUCUUUGAGCUGGUGGACCUGGCUGGUGCGGCGGAUCUCAAAGUUGCCUUCAAAGAGGCCAAGGUACUCACCCGUGACAGAGUUGUCUGGCAAGCUAUGGGUCGUUUCCGUGAUGUGUUGGAUAUGAUGCUCAGCACCGAGUACCUCUCUGACAUUGUGAAGCGCAAUCAUACCCGCAUGAGCCAGCUUCGCCACUCGUACGUCAAGAUACACUCCGACAUGCUGGUGCAGAUACGACUCUUGGGGAGCAUUUGUCCAACAUUUGUGGCAGAACAUGGCCUGCAUAUGGACAGUGACUACCAGUCCUUGAUGCAGUUGCCUGAAAUCGUCUUGCAGGCCAUGUCGAAGACAAAGACGAUCAUCUACCGCGCUGAUGACCUGAAUGAUGGCAGGAUCGGGCCAUCCUGUGACAUAGCCAGCUUGCAUCACUCCCUGGAGAAGUUGGGCAAAUUCCUUUCGAAUCCAGACUUCCUGGACCUUGUCCAGCAGAAGUUCAAGAUGAGCAUGAAAUCAAGCUUGAACGCAGUGCAGCGUGCAGUGGGAGCAUGGGCUCUUCUGCAGCACGAGGCGUGGGUCAGCAGCAUUUGGAAGAAAGAUGAUGCCAGCCGCAAAUUCCGCAAGCUGGAGCACAUUGUUCUACACGAGAUCAUUCUCACCGUCUGCGCCUACCUCGGGAAUUGCGGCCUUGCUGACUUUCGGUUCCUCGAGCGUGUCUUGCGUCACGAGAUUAGCUUCAAGGGCAUGCCACACGUGGACAUGGGGUACUUCAUGUGCUCACUCAGGACAAGGCGUGCGAGCUUGGUGAAAGAGAUCCGGCAGGAGCUUAUCUGCUCGGAGCAGACAUGGGCACGCACCAUGCAGAAGAUUGCCAAGGCCUUGAUGCCAGACAACAACCACUGA